GGUCACUGAGGCCAGUUGGCUGAGUCAGAUCCCCAGUCCCUCCUCGACCCCCUCUCUCCUCGGCAGUCCCUGUACCUGGCGGCGUGGGGGCCCUUGGCCGGCCUGCAGGAUGAAGAACCCGAUGCUGGAGGCGGUGUCCCUGUGGUUGGAGAAGCUGCUUCUGAUCUCCAACUUCAGGCUCUUCAGCUGGGACACCCCUGGCGGCGACAAGGCACAGAAGGGUUUCUAUGAGGUCAGCUCUUUUCUCCGCGGCGACGUGCUGGAAGUGCCCCGGACCCACCUGACCCACUACGGUAUCUAUCUGGGAGACAACCGCGUAGCCCACCUGAUGCCCGACAUCCUGUUAACCCUGACAGACCACAAGGGCCGCACGCAGAGAGUGGUCUCCAACAAGCGUCUCAUACUGGGCGUCAUUGCCAGAGUGGCCAGCAUCCGUGUGGACACCGUGGAAGAUUUCGCCUACGGAGCUCACAUCCUGGUCAAUCAUCUGGACGAGACCCUGAAGAAGAAGGCGUUGCUCAACGAAGAGGUGGCGCAGAGGGCAGAAAAGCUGCUGGGUGUCACCAGUUACAGUCUGCUGUGGAACAACUGCGAGCAUUUUGUGACCUACUGCAGAUACGGCACCCCGAUCAGCCCCCAGGCGGACAAGUUUUGUGAGAUUGUGAAGAUCAUCAUUCGUGACCAGAGAAGCGUUCUUGCCUCAGCAGUCUUGGGAUUGGUGUGUGUCAUCUGUAUGGGCCUGGCCUCUUACACCACGCUCCCGGCCAUCUUCGUUCCGUUCUGCCUGUGGAUGGUUGGCUAACUCCUUACCCCCCCCAUGUCAACCGUGUGCAUUCUAUGUGAAUAGAUUUAUAUUUAUAGACCACAAAAUCAGUAUAAGCUCUGUUGCAAAAAAAUGUGAGCUGUAACACUGUGUCCUGGAUAAAGCUGUGACUGAGAAUCGCUCCAAGUGCUUACUGUGUAAGCCUAGAACAAAGGCUUUCUAGACCUUCCGAGGCAGUUCCAUUUUGAAGAACCAUCCAAUCCUUGUGAUAAAACCCAGCAACUCAAGAAAACCAGCUUGUAAGCUGAUGCCUGAAGGGCGUUAUUUUUUUUUUUCUUCGUAUAAUCUUGGCUCUGUUCAGGUUUGAAUUUGGAAUUUGGAAGACUUAUCAACUGGGAUCAUUAACUUCACUGCAGAUUUUUGCUUCAUUGAUAAAAGCGUAUUAAACACGAAGGGAUUUUCCUCAUUCACAUAAGAACAGGAUUGAUGACUGGUCAAAAACAACCACCCAAAGUCACAAUUGGCUGUUUUCAUAUAACAUAUACAACCCUGAAUGUGUUAUGAGUAUUUUUGUUACUUGCAAAACUAAAGUUUAAUGAUUAAAAAAAUGAUUCAAGCACAUAGCAAUCUGUGACUUUCCUGAAGAAAUAACUACUACAACAUCAUCUGAGCAAUUUAUCUUCUUCCUAGGAUGUAUG